UGGACGCGAUUUCCCGCCUUUAUGUGCGUCAAACUGACGUUUCUUCGAAAACUUUCAGUUUUAAUUUUUUUGUUAUUUAAUCUGUAGAGUGAUUUUUAUCUGACUAUCUUGUGUUUUAUAUCGGUGAUUACAAAAGACAAUUUGUAUUGUGUCCUGUGUGACCUGUCAAAACAUUGAGAUGGAGGCAAAAGUAAAAGAAGAGAUACCAGAUAAAGACUACACCGCACCAAAUACUACAGAAAGGAGAAAAUCUACAGCAUCAAAGGAAAGAAGGUCACCAGGGCUAGACCAAGAGGAAAGCAGGCUGUCGCCGACUCCCGGACCGCCCAGUCCACAACACAAUGGAACAACGUCGACGCUCUCAUCCACGGAGUCCCUCUCUCCCCCUCUGGACGGCAGGGGUUCUGCUCCGGCGCUUCAGAGGCUCCGCAAGUUCUUAUCAGCGUUGCAUCAGUUCGCGGGAGACAUCAGCGCCGACACUGGGGAAAGAGUGCGACAACUUAUAUUUAAUUUAGUUGCAGGUACAGUGAACAUAGAGGAGUUCCAAGUAGGUGUACAGGAGUGCACCAACUACCCUCUCCGCGCCUCCGUACCGGGCUUCCUGCGAGCUCUGCUGCCGCUGGUGCAGAGAGACCUGCAUGCGAAGGCCAGGAGGAUCAAGCAGACUCCGGUCCAGUACAUGCGAGCUCAUGAGCAUCUCAUCCUGGAGGCAGCUGGAGACGCCGAUAUAUUCCACCAGCACAACACAGCAGAACCUGGUACCAAGCGCCGUGCCAGCGACCCGUUUUACGACGCGGCUACGAACGGCGGCCAGGAAGAGUAUCCCCCCGCGAAGCGUGCGAGCCUGCUGAACCCCUCCCCGUUCUAUUCGCUGCCCAGCAACGCCAGUCUGUUCGACUACCACCCCUACCACCCGUACCACACCCCGCACGAACCACCCUUCGAACGGCGUGAUGGUAUAACGGUACGUGACGUAUCUUCCAUGAACGCGUCCUUCACCGAACCCCGAGGUGGAGUGGUGAAGACCGAUGAUGAAUGGAAGAACAUCCACACCAUGCUGAACUGCACACUCAGUAUGGUGGAGAAGACAAAACGAGCGCUCACCAUCCUGCAGAACAGGAGUACAGGAGUGGAACAGGCAGAGAACAAUGACAUUAAGCGUGCUGCCAGUGAGAUCAUUGCCGCGGCUGUGAGGCAGACGGAGGAGAGAGUCGGAGAAGUGAGGAGGAGAGCUGAGGAGUCCGUCAACCAGAGCUGCAGCGGGCGGUGGGCGCUGCGGAGUGCAAAGCCCUCGAGCUGGUGACGGAGCGCCGGAGACUCUCCCCUCCGCCCUGCAGAGAGCUCAGCCCCACGCAGCAAACCUGCUGCUGGAACUGCGGCCGCAAGGCUCAGGAGACUUGCUCUGGCUGCAACGCCGCCCGUUACUGCGGUGCAUUCUGCCAACAUAAG